AUGACAAUUGCAUCUUUUUCAGCAGAACCAGUGUUGUUGUGUCACGGACCAGUAGCAUACCUGUUCGACAUUGUUACCUGUUUAGAAAACCGACAGGUAAUAUCUCGCUUCGCGUCCGAAACGGCUCUGCUGGUCGGGUACGAGUGGCUGUACAAGUACCGUCUGUUCGACCUUCCUUGGGACUCGGCUGCCAGUUGGUGGAUCGCCUUCUUCAUGGUGGAUUUCGUCUACUACUGGGUCCACCGCGCGAAUCACGAGAUCAACCUCCUGUGGGCCGCCCACCAGGUGCACCAUUCCUCCGAGGACUACACCCUCCCGACGGGCCUCCGCCUCUCGAUGUUCCAGCGCCUCACCUACUUCGGGUUCUACCAGCCCCUCGCCCUCCUCGGCCUCCCGAUCUCCUCCGUCAUGGUGCACCUCGGCCUCAAUUACCUCUUCCAGUUCUGGGUCCAUAACGAGGCCGUUAGGAAGAUGGGGCCCUUGGAGUGGGUAUUUAACACGCCGUCGCACCAUCGCGUGCAUCAUGGAGCGAACAAGUGGUGCCUCGACAAGAACUACGGCAGCCUCCUCAUCAUCUGGGACAGGAUCUUCGGCACUUUCCAGGAGGAGAAGGAGGACGAGGAGAUCGUCUACGGCCUCGUGGAGCAGCCGCAGUCCCUGAAUGGGGUCUGGCACGAGCUCUUCUACCUCGAGAAGAUCUACGAGAAGGCGCGGGGCAUGAGCAGCUGGGGCGACUCCCUGAGGGCGGUGUUCUACGGGCCCGGCUGGGUCCCCGGGGCGCCUCGCCUGGGGGACCCCGACGGCUUCCCGGACGUCAGGGCCCCCCGGGGGAAGUACGACCCCCAGAUGCCCGCGUGGUUCAUGCUUUACACGGCUCUGCACUUCACUCUGGCUUUCGGGGCGCAGCAGAUCCUCCUCGUGCAUCUGAAGGUGUCUCCCUGGUACACGGCCGCCCUCUUCCUCGCCUUCAUCUUCCUCACCAUGGGCGUCCUGGGCUCCAUGUUCGACGGGUUUCGUUGGGCGCCGCUGCUGGAGGCCGCCCGCUGCGCCGCCUUCCUGCUCUACGCCCGCACGACGCCCGUCACCAGCGCUCCGCCCGUGGACGCCGCCCUCGUCCUCUGCUUCGCCAUGAGCGCUGUCUUCUGGACGGUCAUGAGCCUCAGGGCCCUUCGCGCGCCCGUGAAAAUUGUCAAGGAAGAUUGAUUUAUCUAUCGAUUUACGUGUCUGUUUCGAGGUAGAAGUAUCCAAUAGGUUUUUAGUGCGUGUGGAAUGGUUGAAUAGA